AUGAGCUCCGUCCAUCAAAUUGGCAGCAAUGCCGUUGCCGGUGCCGACGGCACCGAUCUAAAACCAGAUAACCUCUGCGUCGUCGAUUCUGUUAUGAGUCUUGACCCUCUCCAUGGCCACUUGACCAACUUGCCGGUCACUCAAUUUGAUAGUGAGCAUCCCCUCCCGACUGGGCCCCGUCGAGGUUCAUUUUCCGAAUUUCUUCCUCAUAGACACACUCUCCCACAUCCUAUUCACUCUAUACCUCCUGCGCCUCGAAGUGAUCCGCUUAAUCCUUCUUCUGGUGAGCCAGGGCUGCCAACACUCAAGGUCGACGAACAUCAAACCGACAGUAACCCAGACGAAAGUCUGGGCCCGUCAGGGAGAAUGGGUACUGAGCUAGACAUCGUGGGCUCCCCGGAUGGCGCAACCAUUGAUGUGGCUACGGAAGCUCCUGUUGGAUCUGUGCCAACGAGAAAUGUACAAACUCAACAGCAGUCAUCUCGCAGAAACAAGCACUAUACUCUCUCAGACGGAUCGAUAGUUUCCGGCAAAGGAUUGGGACGUGGAAGGCCGGGUAUCAAACGUGGCCCAGUAAAUCCAUGGCAUCAAAUGGCUCAAGACAGCGUGUACCCUAAGAAUUCUUCUACGGAUGCAGCAGGAUUGUUGACCAAUGACACUACUGUUCCUAUCAAGAGGAGGCGUCUUGGCUCGGGUCCAUCGAACCCCAACAUGAGUGUCACUUCCUCCCCCUCGAUUUCACUCGACUCACGUGAAUCUUCAAUAGAAUACAAGGCUAGCGCCACACAUACCCGCUCCGGACGGCAAACUCAGAAGCCAGUCAACCUCGCCACCAAGGCCGUAACAGCAAGCCCUGUUUCCAAGACCACAUCCUCGAAUUCUCCUGCAAAUGUGACACCAUCCUCUGUCCUCAAAAGCCAUCCCAAAAUCAAGCGCCGUGUGUAUCGUGGCCGCGAACAAUUCGCUCUUUGCGAACACUGCCUGCGUGGUCAUGGUCCUUCGGGCAAUGUGAUCGUUUUUUGCGAUGCAUGCAACAAAUGCUGGCACCAACGCUGUCAUGAGCCCCAAAUAUCCAGACAAACAGUCUCUGACUCGAAGGCAGAAUGGUUCUGCGCUGAUUGCGAUCGGAUCCUCCAUGGCAAGAAGGGUAAGAAGCAGGAAAACAAAACUCCUACAUCGGCCAAGGCUCCUGCAUCACUGCCUCCGGCACCAACAUUUAUUUAUGGUGGACCACGCGUCGGAGGCCGUCUAUUGAGUCCUGAACAGAAGUAUUCCUAUCUCAACAGCCUCUCUAAAGAACAACUGAUCGCCCUCCUUUUGGAUGGAUCUCAUCUGGCGCCCGACUUGCCUAUUUUCGAGACUCUCGUUCCAGUCCUACCGCCAAAUGGUACACCUGGAGCUCAAUUUACUUCGACAUACGUCACGCCGGUGUCCAAAGCUCCGGAGUCCGCUGAUGCGGGUGGAGCAAAGGGGAAUGAUGGAUUGGAUGAAGGAUACGAUGGGUAUUAUGAUGAGCAUGCCGCGCUCUACCCCAAACCUGGAUUUGGAGUUCAGCUUCCGCCCGAACGCGAAGACCUCCAUAUGUUACUUGAAGCCAAGGGAAGCAAGACUUUUAGCCAUUGGGUCCGAGGCAUGAGAGGCAAUCAAUUUAGUGGCACAGGCAACGUGCCAGGAACUUGA